GACGUGGUGGAUGAACAAUAGGCGAGGACGACGCGCGGGUCUUGGGGAGGAACGCGUUGAAAUUGAGGGGCGAGUGGGAGAGGAAGCGUGCGUGUCUGCUACAGCUGCAAAAACAAACAAACCCUAAAUUAAAUUUGGGGCUGAAAGGAAGAGAAGCGGCAAUCCACUCGCCGAACGCCCUCGCGUGGAUUUGCAGCGGCAGAAAUAUCGUCUGAAGAGGAGAGUCCUUCUUCUACAUAAAACCCCACGCUCAGGACUGGAAUAUAAAGAUUGGAGAAUGUCUUGAAGGAUUAGGAUUGUCUUGCUAGCAUAAAAUCAGGUGCCACCGGAAAUAAUUUAGUGACAGUAUAUUGGUUCUUUCCAUGGAUAUUGACCUUAGGUUACCUUCUGGAGGACAUGAUAAGGAAGAUGAAGAACCAAAUGGGAUGGACCAUAUCUUGGAUGGGGAAGACAAAUUACAAAAUGGAGAUGGGGGAAACGGGAAUAUGAUGGUUGUUGGAGAUGAACUAAAUGCUGGGGAUGCUGGGAACAUGAAUUCUCCCACAGAAGACAUGGUGGUGUUCAAACAGGACGCAAUACUUGAGCCACUUGCAGGCAUGGAAUUUGAAUCACAUGGUGAAGCAUAUUCUUUUUAUCAAGAAUAUGCUAGAUCUAUGGGAUUCAAUACUGCUAUACAAAACAGCCGGCGGUCAAAGACAUCAAGAGAAUUCAUAGAUGCAAAAUUUGCUUGUUCAAGGUAUGGUACUAAGCGUGAAUAUGAAAAAUCUUUAAAUAGGCAACGUAGCAGACAAGGGAAUAAGCAGGAAAUGGAGAAUUCAACUGGUAGAAGAUCAUGUGCAAAGACAGAUUGCAAAGCAUGCAUGCAUGUGAAGAGAAGACCAGAUGGUAAGUGGAUUAUACAUAGAUUUGAGAAGGACCAUAAUCAUGAGCUUUUACCUGCUCAAGCUGUCAGUGAACAAACUAGAAAAAUGUAUGCUGCCAUGGCAAGACAAUUUGCUGAGUACAAAAAUGUGGCUGGUCUAAAGAAUGACUCCAAGAGUCCAUUUGAUAAAGGUAGGAAUCUGGUUUUGGAAACAGGAGAAGCUAAGAUGUUGCUUGAAUUUUUCACGCAAAUGCAAGCUGCAAAUUCCAACUUCUUUUAUGCAAUAGAUAUAAGUGAAGAACAACGUCUCAAAAAUUUUUUCUGGGUUGAUGCCAAAAGUAGGCAGGAUUAUGUCAAUUUCAGUGACGUUGUCUCUUUCGAUUAUACCUAUGUUAGAAACAAGUAUAAAAUGCCUCUUGCUCUAUUUAUUGGGGUGAAUCAACACUAUCAGUUCAUGCUGCUUGGAUGUGCUUUGUUGGCUGAUGAAAGUGCAGCUACAUUGUCUUGGGUAAUGCACACAUGGCUAAGAGCAAUGGGGGGACAAGCUCCGAAAGUUAUUAUCACAGAUCAAGACAAAGCUAUGAAAUCAGUUAUUUCAGAGGUUUUCCCAUCUGCUUCUCAUUUCUUUUGUUUGUGGCAUAUACUUGGAAAGGUUUCAGAAACUUUUAGUCAUUUAAUUAAACAACAUGAAAAUUUCAUGGCAAAGAUAGAAAAGUGCAUUCACAGGUCAUGGACCCGUGAAGAGUUUGAAAAGAGGUGGCAAAAGUUGGUUGAUAGGUUUGAACUAGGGGAGAAUGAAUGGAUCCAGUCACUGUAUGAAGAUCGAACUCAUUGGGCACCAACAUACCUGAAAGAUGCCUUUUUAGCUGGAAUGUCUACAGCUCAGCGAUCUGAUAGUGUAAACUGUUUCUUUGACAAAUACAUGCAUAAAAAAACUACCGUGCAAGAGUUUUUGAAACAGUAUGAAGCAAUUCUACAAGACAGGUAUGAAGAGGAAGCAAAGGCUGAUUCAGAUACAUGGAACAGACAAGCUACCUUAAAAUCUCCAUCUCCUUUUGAGAAGCAAAUGUCAGGAGUGUAUACAAAUGCAGUAUUCAAGAAAUUCCAAACUGAGGUCUUGGGUGCAAUUGCUUGUCAUCCUAAAAGGGAAAGACAAGAUGAGACAACUGUUACUUUCAGAGUUCAAGAUGUUGACAAGAAUCAGGAGUUCAUUGUCACUUGGACUGAGUUAAGUUCUGAAGUGUCUUGCUUAUGUCAUUUAUUUGUAUUCAAAGGUUUCCUAUGUAGACAUGCAAUGAUUGUUCUUCAAAUCUGUGGCCUUUCUGCUAUCCCAUCUCAGUAUAUUUUGAAACGGUGGACAAAAGAUGCCAAGAGUAGGUGUUUGAUGGGAGAGGCAUCUGAACAGGUACAAUCUAGGGUUCAAAGAUAUAAUGAUUUGUGUCAACGAGCAAUGAUAUUGGGUGAAGAAGGAUCUUUAUCCCAAGAGAGCUAUAAUCUUGCUCUGCGAGCGCUAGAAGAUGCAUUUGGAAGUUGUGCAAGUGUAAAUAAUUCUAAUAAGGAUCUUACGGAGGCUGGCACAUCACCUGCUACUGGUCUUCUCUGUAUUGAAGAAGAGAACCAUAGUAGAAAUAUGGCCAAGACAAAUAAAAAGAAGAAUCCAACCAAGAAAAGAAAGGUAAACUCAGAACAGGAUAUUAUCACAGUUGGGCCCCAAGACACCUUACAACAAAUGGACAAAUUAAGCUCAAGACCUGUUAACCUUGAUGGCUAUUUUGGCUCACAGCAGGGGAUGCAAGGAAUGGUACAAUUGAACUUAAUGGGGCCUACACGUGAUAACUACUAUGGGAACCAGCCAACCAUACAGGGAUUGGGGCAAUUAAACUCUAUUGCUCCAAGUCAUGAUGGCUAUUAUAGCACUCAGCCUAGCAUGCAUGGGCUGGGUCAGAUGGAUUUUUUCCGGGCACCUCCAGGUUUUACAUAUGCCAUUCGGCAGGAUGAAUCCGACGUCAGAUCAGCACAACUACAUGACGAUGUGUCAAGACAUGCAUGAAGAUCCCAAGUCUUAAAAUAUCAAGCUGAUGAAGAUGGAGAAUGUUCAAUGUUGUUUAUGUCGAUGGGUGUGCAGAGACCUGAACUUCUCUAGUACUUGUGAGAUAAGAGAAAGGCAAAAAAGGGCAGGAUGUUUUGGUGUGGGCGGAUUUGGCUUACAGCCCUCGCUUGUAAAGUUUGUUGUAUUCAUCAAAAUGUGUCUCAGGUUCGGACCAAAUAGGUUAAGUUGUGAGGAACUCUGUUUAGUUUUAUCAGCAAUGAGUCAUGUGCAGCUGCUUGUCGUCCUGACAAGUAGUGAAUGUGAUUUUGUCUGCAACAAGGCAUAUGCAGCUGCUCCUCAUGAACAGGUAGUGAAUGUACUUUGACGAACCUUUUGUGUAGCUCUAAAUAGAUUGUAGGCUAUGCCGCUGAGUUGCUAUAUUUUUCCUUUCUUGCCCACAAAAUUCUCAUUUCAUUAUGUUGUAGUCUUCUGUUCUAUACUUUCUGGCUCCUCCUACAUUGAAAUUAUUGCGUGAA